ACAUACACACCUUUUUAUCUCUACACAUCUAUAUUCUCUCUCUAGCUCAUUAUAUAUACACCCCUCUUCUCUCUGUGAGUCCCUCUUCCUCAUCUUCUUCAAUUCAUAUGCGUCGUAGAAUAGAAUAGGAUGAACAAUAUACCCAAAUCUUUAACAGAUUCUUCUUUAACCCUUUUCAUACUCGCCAUCUCGGCUUCAGAUCCUUGGCCAUUUUCUUUUGUUUUCUUCUAAUAUUUCUUCUUAAUUUGUAUAUAAACACAAAUAUAAAAGGGGUUUCAUUCGAGUGUUUUUUUUUUUUUUUUGAAUUUUUCUCUUUAAUAUGGGUAGUGGAGAGAAAAAUAGUCAUCAUCUGAGUUUUCAUCUACACGUGCCGCACAUUCAUGUCCACCACCACAGCCACGGCGGGGAAAAGAAGGAAUUUAGGAACGUGCCAAAAGGUUGUCUUGCAAUAACGGUGGGGCAAGGGGCUGAGCAGCAGAGGUUUAUUAUUCCGGUGAUAUACAUUAACCACCCACUUUUCGUGCAGUUGCUGAAGGCGGCGGAGGAGGAAUAUGGAUUUGAUCAGAAAGGUCCGAUUAAUAUUCCGUGUCAUGUGGAGGAGUUCCGCCAUGUUCAGGGCAAGAUCGAUGAAGAAAACUCACACCACCACUACUACCACCGCCACCAUCAGUUCAUGUGCUUCAAGGCUUGAAAAUUGAAAUCUCUAGAGGGUUAACGUAAUUCGAUAAGAUGAUUCGAUCUUGAAAUGAAAAUUCGUGGUGUUUUUUGCUAUAUUAUGAAUGUUUAUAAUCCUAUUUUGGAAUCUGAAUAAAUUUGGCAAUGGAUUACAAAAUCUUGAUAA